AUGCGGGGCUUCUCCAUGUGGGCUCGGUCACCCUCAUCUCCGAAGUCUUCAUCGAGCUGUUGGGGGAUAGUGCAAACCGGUCACCAAGAUGCAGUCGCCAGAGCCCUCCGGCUUCAGGCCCUCACUAAAUGCCCGAAUGGCCUGGGACAGCCUAGAAUUCCAGCGAGAACAGGCUGUGUGAGGUCAGCACCCACAGACCGGGGUCACAAUGCAGCCCUCCCCUUCGACGCCGGGGCCCCAGCGAGCAGCAGACACCUGCCAGGCUCCGCCUGGACCGGAGCGUCCUCCCGCGGCCAGGGCUCGGGCAGUUGCUUCCAGCCUGGGACCGGCCUCGGCCUCCGGCAGGAGAAUGGCCACGUGAAAAGCAAUGGAGACUUAACCCCCAAGGGUGAAGGGGAGUCACCACCCGUGAACGGAACAGAUGAGGCAGCUGGGGCUACUGGCGAUGCCAUCGAGCCAGCGCCCGCUAGCCAGGAAGCUGAGGCCAAGGGGGAGGUCGCCCCCAAGGAGACCCCCAAGAAGAAGAAGAAAUUCUCUUUCAAGAAGCCUUUCAAAUUGAGUGGCCUGUCCUUCAAGAGAAAUCGGAAGGAGGGUGGGGGCGAUUCCUCGGCCUCCUCACCAACAGAGGAAGAGCAGGAGCAGGGGGAGAUCAGCGCCUGCAGCGACGAGGGCACUGCCCAAGAAGGGAAGGCCGCUGCCACCCCUGAAAGCCAAGAGCCCCAGGCCAAGGGGGCAGAGGCUAGAGGGUCCAAGGGAGGAGACACGGAAGAGGAGGCAGGGCCCCAGGCUGCAGAGCCAUCCACUCCCUCGGGGCCCGAGAGUGGCCCUGCAUCGGCCAGCGCUGAGCAGAAUGAGUAGCUGGGUGGGGGCAGGUGGGUGAUCUCUAAGCUGCAAAAACUGUGCUGUCCUUGUGAGGUCACUGCCUGGACCUGGUGCCCUGGCUGCCUUCCUGUGCCCAGAAAGGAAGGGGCUUGUUGCCCCCUCCCAGCCACGAUCCCUCUCUCCCUCCUGUGGAUUCUCCCAUCAGCCAUCUGGUCUUACUCUUAAGGCCAGUUGAAGAUGGUCCCUUAUGGUUUCCCAAGUUAGGUUAGUGAUGUGAAAUGCUCCUGUCCCUACCUCCUACCCAGGCCCCACCCCUGCAGAAGGCAAUUGCUGGCUUUCCUCCCAAUUCUUUUCCAAGUACGUUUUGUUUAUUCUACUCCCGAAACCCCUGAGCCAGAAGUGGGGGGCUUAUACUCCCAAACCCUGAGUGUCCAGCCUUUCCCCUGUUGAGUUUUUAGUCUCUUGUGCUGUGCCUAGUGGCACCUGGGCUGGGGAGGACAUUGCCCCUGUCUGGGUUUUAUAAACGUCUUACUCAAGUUCAAACCUCCAGCUUGUGAAUCAACCGAAUCUCUCUGACUUGACAAGCAAGUGUUAGGCUUCAGGGCGGGAGGGAGGUCUGUAAUGUGAAACUUUUUGUUGUCUUUUUUUUCUCCCAUCGUUGUAAAUAACUUUUAAUGG